GCCAGCAUUGUUGGUCCCUUUGGAACUUCGACAAACAAUUGUUGAUUUGCAUUUUGUGUGAAAAUAAAGGCCAUGUCAAAUGGUGACGAUGUGCUAGACAAUUGGGAAGAAUUUGACGAAGCAGGUUUACAGACUUCAUUGAAAAACUUAAAAGCGUCAUCACAAGACACCACCACAACAGAGAGAAUCAGCUUCUCCAAAUCGACAAAACAAACGUUUUCAAGUCAAAGUUCUUCUUCUACUGCCACCAACACCUCUUCAUUAUCACUGUUGAAAAAUCCCCAACAACCACAAAUGAAAUUAUUACAACGUACUUCAACUCAGGCUCAGGAUUCUUCCGCGUCUACGCAAAAUACGACAGCAGGAAAUAAGAAUUUUGUAAAAUCACCAUUGGAUGAUAUGGCGGCUACCUUUGAACCGGUCAUGAUGGUUUUACACAAGCCAAACGAUGAAUAUUCAUCGGCCAACUAUACUCAGCCCACUGUCAAUCAAACGGUGAAAAUAUUACGGCGUCCCACACAAUCGUCAGAGCCUCGCAAUAAUGGUAUGCGACCGAAGCAGCCGAUUAAGACACUGAAACAGCGGGAACAAGAAUAUGCUGAGGCAAGAUUACGGAUAUUGGGUUCGGCGAAAAAUCCCGAAGAUGAUGAGCAGCGAGCUGCAUCAUCUCCCACUGUGGCAACGUCUACCAGUAAUUCUACACCUUCAACACCAUCGACGGCGGCAUCUACAACAACAUCAACAACGCCAUCGUAUCCAACAACACCAUUAAAUGUUGGUCCAACGAAAAUGAAUUCGCCCAAAACUCAAGGUGGUGGCCCACCGCCCUAUAAUAAUCACUAUCAAUAUCAGCAGCAACUUCAACAGCAGCAGCAACAACAUAAUCAGCAACCACAAUCACCUGCCUACAACAAUAAUAAUCGCACAUUUAACAGUAUGCCACUGUUGGGGCAUGGACCCAUGGGUGCCAUUGGACAGCCGGCGGCAGCACAACAAUACCAACAAACAGCAACGGUGCCCACGUUGAAUCAUCAGCAGCAGCAGCAAAUGCAAAAAAUGCAACAGCAGCAUUAUCACAAGUCAUCACAACAGCAAAAACAGCAGCAGCAGCAACAACAGCAAACCUGGUCACCUGUAGUGGGUGGAAGUGUUUCUUCGACGGCGUCGUUGCGACAACAGCAAAAUGAACAUUUAUUACGUUUGCCCAAAGGGCCAGAUGGUACCAUUGGCUUUCAAAUGCGCCGGUAACGCGAUGAUAUGCCUCUGGACUAACGCCUAGCGGUGGUGG